AGAGCAAGCAGUUUAAACAUUGUGAGGAAAUGUGGACUUCAUACGUAACUGGGAAUGUUACGUAAGGGCACUUAUAGGUCUGCCCGUGUGAGUUCCAGUGAUUGCAGACAAACAAGAACUUGCUAGACAGCUAGCUUACAAAGAGAGAAAGAGGGUGAAAAGAAACACAUUUAGAGUGACUGAAGCAUUUAGGCUUCAGCUUGUGCUUCAGGAGGAUUCCUUUUUUACAUGUUGGAGAGGAUCGAGGCUGGAAACCAGAAGACAUCAAGAGGACCAAAACAAUACAUUCAAUACUAAUCAAGCAGGAAGCGACUUGCAGACAGUUGGGAAUUUAUUGGUGUAUAAAAGCAAUUCAACCGGGAAGGUUAGACAACGGACCAAAGCUCAACUGGGAGAGGAGCUGCUGAAGACGGGACCUCAGAAAGGAACCAUCCUACCUAUUUUAAAAACGUUGGCUGCUGGUUCUCCGUCUCCUCGGCUAACACAACUUUUGACAGUGUCAGUCAUGUCGGAGGAAGAAGAGUUGUCCUACAGUGAAGCCAUUGAGAAGGCAGGCGCCUCCAUCUCUCGCUUUCCUCUCAUCCCAGUCAGAGGAGUUCCUCUCAUGUCCUACAUUGCCAACAACUGGGACUCCAUCUGGGCUUUCCGCCCUGACCCCUCAGACCUCCUCAUCGCCACCUACCCCAAAGCAGGGACCACAUGGACCCAGGAGAUAGUUGACCUGCUUUUUCACAACGGAGAUGCUGAGGCCUGCAAGCGAGCUCCAACACCCGUCCGCAGUCCUUUCCUAGAGAUCUUCUCCCCACCACCCAUCCCCUCAGGUCUUGAUCAUAUGAAAACCAUGGAUCCUCCAAGGAUUAUCAAGACACAUCUUCCUUUUCAGUUGGUGCCGACAGGAUUUUGGGAAAACAAGUGCAAGGUUAUCUACGUGGCACGCAAUGCCAAAGACAACCUGGUGAGCUACUUCUACUUUGAUUGUAUGAAUCUGACCCAGCCUGAGCCAGGCCCCUGGGAAGGCUACCUCCCAAAGUUCAUGCGUGGAGAGUUAUCGUGGGGCUCCUGGUAUGACCAUGUGAAAGGUUACUGGAUGGAGAGAGAGAAGAAGAACAUCCUGUACCUCUUCUACGAGGACAUGAAAGAGAAUCCUCGGCGUGAGGUGGAGCGCAUCAUGAGGUACCUGGACUUAUCCGUCUCUGAAGAGGUCAUCAGCCGGAUUGUGGAGCUCACUUCCUUUAAGAACAUGAAGGAGAACCCGAUGGCAAACUACUCCUGUAUCCCAAAACCAGUUUUUGAUCAGUCCAUCUCUCCCUUCAUGAGAAAAGGUGAAGUAGGUGAUUGGAGGAACCAUUUCACACCCCAGCAAUCAGAGAUGUUCGAUCAAGAUUAUGAAAAACAAAUGAAGGAUGUCAACAUACCAUUUAGAGACAAUAUCUAACGUAUUUUUCCAAACUGAUCUUCAAACCAAAGACAGAUGAGCUGACUCUGUGCAGCAGUCAGAGGGCAGAAAUACUGUCAGAAAAUUUGACACAAGCUAAAUACCAAAACCAAAAAUGAAACAAACAUUUGUUUGAGCCUGUUUAUGUUAAACAUUGUAAUCACUGCGCCUCCUGAUGUGUAGGAAAAUCAUCUAAUGUAUGCUUAAAGGAGCAAUAAAAAUGUUCUCCACAAUAUAA